UAGUUAGUAGUAAAGUGUUCUUCUGCAUCGUCUAGGCUGGCAGUUCUUUGUUUGUUAUCAGAAAUAUGAAAGGUGAAAAUGAAGUAGAAGUUCAAGAACCGGUGCGUUGGUUUGGUAUACGCCACAUACAGUACGUUCUAUUUUUCACCGCCGCUUUGUGCGCUUACGCGAUUAGGACGUCCUUAAAUGUGGCGGUUAUAGCCAUGAUAAGCAGCGAUCCUCCCAGUGAAGAUAUCCCAACUUACCCAGAAUGGGAGUCCAAACAAAACAUAAUGCUCUCCUCGUUCUUUUGGGGUUACCUCGCCACCCAGAUCUUAGCCGGUCAGCUGGCAGAGAGGUUCGGACCGAAAUGGUUCUUGGCGGGUACAUAUUUCCUGGGUUCCUUGUUUUCCAUCCUGAUACCAAUUUUUGGUGCGACCUUCGGAUACCAGGGCGUCAUCGCGUGCAGGGUAAUUCAAGGUCUGUCGCAAGGUUUCCUCUUUCCUUGCCUGCACAACAUGUUAGGAAAAUGGUGUCCACUAGAGGACAGAGCAAAAGCUUGUGGCUUUGCUUACGCAGGAGCACCCCUAGGAACUGUUAUAGCCAUGCCUAUAACCGGUUUGAUUUCCGACGCGGAGAACUUGGGCUGGCCAGUGGCGUACUAUAUUUUUGGAGCCUUCGGUAUAGCGUGGACUUUAGUUUGGAUGGUUGUGGGAUCGGACUGCCCGUCGAAGAAUAGAUUUAUAUCGGCUUCUGAAAAGAAAUACAUCAAUUCUGGGCUGAAAUCCGAGGUCGAGGAAGCAGGACAGACGGCACCAACUCCUUGGUUGGCAAUACUUACUUCGGUGCCAUUCUGGGCUAUCGUUAUAAAUGACUGCGGUGAGAGCUGGGGGUAUUGGACGUUGCUGACGAAGAUUCCGUCGUUUAUGCAGAAUAUUUUAAACUUUGACAUUGCCUCGAACAGUCUGCUAUCUGCGUUGCCCUACCUAGCUUUUUGGUUGCUCAGCAUCCUGAUGGGUCUUUCAGCUGACUUCUUCAUAAUGAAGGGGAUCACCUCGGUCACAACGAGCAGAAAAAUUUGUAAUUCGAUUGCAAUGUUCGUCCCAGCAGUAGCCUUGGUUUCGCUGUCGUUCGUAAGCAAUACCGAAAGGGCGCUUUCCAUCACCCUCCUUGUGAUCGCCGUUGGGUGUACAGGCGGGAUAUUCUGCGGGUACACCGUCAACCAUAUAGAUCUAUCUCCUAACUACGCGGGAACUCUUAUGGGAAUGGCAAAUACGGCUUCAAACGUUUUCUCUUUACUGGCACCGCUGUUCGUGGACGCCGUUACGAACGCCACUGGAUAUAAAGAGACAAACGACGAGUUGUGGACCAUCGUGUUCUGUACGUCUGCUGGGAUAUAUGUUUUUGUGGGAAUAGUCUUCAUUUUUGCCGGUUCUGGAAAGAUUCAGCGUUGGAAUAACCCGGAUUAUGUCAACGAGAAUAGAAAGUGUAAGAAAAAUUGUUUGAUUUAGAUUAAAAUCGUUUAUAUAUUAUAUAAUAAAAACUA